AUGAGCACUGGGCCAUGGGUCCAUGUUCAAAACCCCGACUGUGUCAUCCUGUCGGUGAAGACUGGCCUUGACUCCAAUGAAGCAGGCCGCCCUAGGCAGCUCCCGGCCAAGAACAAAAGAGAGCAGGCGGCGGGCGUCCUCGGAGUAGGCGCUCCCACCCGCCGGGCACCGACUCCGCUGCUGCGGGAGGACGCGCCCACCACCAAGCCGGCCGAGCGAGCCAGCGAGCCAGGCGGCGCGCGCGGUUUCUCCGCGAAAGGCCGAGGCGAGGGAUCCGGCCCGGUCGGCGGCCAUCGUGACGCCCACUUUGGAAGGCGGGUCCGGCCGGACAGGCCCGACGUCGCCAUCGUAGCCGGGAAGCGGGGCCCGGCCGGGGUGGAGGCGCCGACUCGCGGCACGGUCCUGGGUAGACACCCUGGUCCCGGGCGAACGUCGAGGCAGAUUGAUGAACUCCCAGAGGGAGCUGUGAAGCCUCCAGCCAACAAGUAUCCCAUCUUCUUUUUUGGUACCCAUGAAACUGCAUUUCUAGGUCCUAAAGACCUUUUCCCAUAUAAGGAAUACAAAGACAAGUUUGGAAAGUCAAACAAACGGAAAGGAUUUAAUGAAGGAUUAUGGGAAAUUGAAAAUAACCCAGGAGUGAAAUUUACUGGGUACCAGACAAUUCAGCAGCAAAGUUCUUCAGAAACUGAGGGAGAAGGUGGAAAUACCGCAGAUGCCAGCAGCGAGGAGGAAGGCGAUAGAGUAGAAGAUGGAAAAGGCAAAAGGAAGAACGAGAAAGGAGGCUCAAAACGGAAAAAGUCCUACACUUCAAAGAAGUCUUCUAAACAGUCCCGGAAGUCUCCAGGAGAUGAAGAUGAUAAAGACUGCAAAGAAGAGGAAAACAAAAGCAGCUCUGAGGGCGGAGACGCCGGCAAUGACACGAGAAACACGACUUCAGACUUGCAGAAAGCCGGUGAAGGGACCUAACUACCGUAAUGAAUGCUGCAUAUUGAGAGAAACCACAAGAAGGUUAAUGUUUGAUUGUCUAAUUCUUGGAUUUGCUAUGAACCAACACAUAGUCUUUGUUGUCACUGACAGAACCCACCCAGUGUGUGUGCAUAGUCACAUUCCUCUCUGGUCUGUUGAAGGAAAAAAAGACACUUUGACCUUUUUUAAGGUUAUUGACUUAAUUUUAUGUUAUUCGGUUGCAUGAAGUUUCCCUUAACCACUAAGAAUUAUCAAGAUUUUUGCACAGACUUUUCCAUGUCUAGGCUCCUCUUCCAAGGCAGUUUUGAUCAUCAGCUUCCUGCCUCUACCCCACCAUCAUCAAAUACUCAGUUAAAUAGUAAUUCAUAUAUUUAGAUGACUACUCAACAUAAUACUUAAGGAUGGGAUUUUCUUUCUAACAGAACCCAAGAGCCAACUCCUAGAUACUUAUUGCUGGUCUGUUGGAGUGGAGUUAAGUCAUCUCUCAGUCUGAAGGCCAUGUGUAAAGUUUAACCUCACUGUACAGUUCCUGUCUGUAGUAGAAGUAGAUAGUGAAACUCACGCUCUCAAAACUCAUGUUGCUGUGUGCACAACCUGAGUGUGUAUGUGAACCUAGUGAGUCUUUUGUGUUAUACCCAAAUAAAGCAAGGAUUUAUUUUUUCCCAAUGCCAAUAUGAUUUGAGCUAAUCAAUCAAGGUAGUGACUGUACACUUGACAGCUGAAAUCAGCAGGAGCACUGUGGAAAACAGACAGAACAUUGACUCUUGAUAAAGACUUUUAACAUAAACUUUUCUUUUGGAACUAGAAUUAGAGUAGUUAACUUUCAUCCACAAAUGAUUAUUAUGUGUACAUUAUUGUCGCUAUUGUGAUAAUAGAGAGUCUUAUUUAUUUUUAUGCCAGCUUAUAUUGUGAGAACACAUUAGUCAGUUUGAGUUUCAUCAGCUCUGUUAUGCUUGUCCUUGGAACAUCUUCCGUGUAUGUUUGCGGUUUGUAGCUGAAAAGUUUACUGUAAAAAAAAAUCAAAAACAACAAAAAAAUGUAUUGUUUUUACAGAAUAAAUUUAUUGGAAUGUAUACUGGGAGUAAGGUUUGAGGUUGUAAACAACUGAGUUAGUGUUAUUUGGCUUCAUACGUGUAAUGUGAAGUAUUGAUGUAAUUCCUAUAUUAAAGCAAAGAUUGACAGAAAAUUGACAUAAGAAUUAAGUGUAGGUGAGGAUUUUAUUUUUUCUAUCUUUUUCUUUUAAACUAUUCUGGAUGUUAGGUUAAUUGAAAACACUGGGAGGGACAGGAGGGAAUAACAGUGUGACCUGCCUGCACGUCUAAGAGCACAGCAGCUCCGUGGACCCUGGGUUUACACACAGCCUUAUGUGCAUCCCACUUUCUUUUGGUUUCUUAUUUUAUUGAAGAACAAAUGAACAUCAAGACAACAUAUGUGAAGAUCUAAAAGCCCAGUGUGGUGAUGAAGGUGAUGCUGGGCUGUGGGAGUUACCCCUUCAGGGCAUACUGAGGAGGCUACUGUACUUUCGACUUGUUUCUGUCAUUUAGCAAUUAGUGGUUUCUCUGUUGUUCGUACACAGUUCCAAAUGCCGAAAGUUCAUUAAGAGACAAGUUGCAACAUCAGGUUUUACUUUAAAAGGUACUUUUUAAUUUUAAGUAUUUUAUUCUAAAAUUAAUGAAAUUCGCCAGAAGACCUCUUCAUUGAUCACACUAAAACAUGUGGAGAAUGUGGAUAACAUUUUAAAUUGGAACAUAUGACAGAUUUCUUAAAUAAAAAGUUCAAAAUUUGUCAUGAAAUGUAUACAUAAAAUGCUUCAAAUUUAAUAAAGUUUGUCUUCAUAAAAUAUCAAAAAUAAUUCUGUUGAAAAUAUACAGAGAAGAGAAAUAUUACCAGCCACCAGUAAAACAAGUAUCCAUUAAGGCUACUAAUAAGGUCGACUUGUGUCAUCUUAGCUAUUUAAAUUCACAAUGGAAGUUUGGAUAGCAACUUUUUUAAACAACAGUAAUGUACUUUCCUUAUGAAGACACUUCAAACAACUUAAGAAUAUUAUGCUGAUUUGGCAUUUAUAUUAAGGUUGUCAAUGAGUCUUACAUUUCAUAUGAAGAAGUUAUUUCUUCAACCUGUAUUUGCUGUUUUGAGUUCUUUCAUGUACAUAGUGAAUAUGGUUAGUCACGUCUGAAUAGUUUGAUUCUGUGCUAUUUGUAGGCACUGGAGUUGUAACUUUCACACCGUAUGUGCAAUGUUAAGAUCCAUGGUCACAUUCACAGACAGUUUUUAACAUAUUUCUUUAGCAGGCUGUUGUUCACCUUCAGUUUCCCUCAACAAAGAGAAUAUACCAUACACAUGCCAUUAUUCCCAUCACACCUACAGCACAGAGCAUGAGUCUGAUUCUCGUGGAAGGGAAUGAAGUAGAGCAUCCGUUCCAUGUAACAGGACCAGAGAUAACGUGAGGUAUAUUUAUUCCACCUUCUCAUCUGCCUUUGUUCUCAUGAAGAACUCGGGAUUGUAGGUGCAGCGAUAGGCCAAGAGCUGAGGAAGAACGCCGUAUGCUAUGUUUAAUGCUAAAAACAGGACUUUUGCUUCUUCGGGGACUCUGUAGACAUAAGCAGUUCUAGCAUGGAGAGAAGCACCAAUGUGGGAAAACUGCGCCUGUUUGCAUCAAAACAAGAGCAGCGUGAGACCUGACUCUUGGAUUAAUGAUGAGUUCUGGGUGACUCAUUCAGACCAUGUCCCCUCAAAACCUGCCUUAAAAGCAAAAUACCUGUAGAUAACCCACAGUCUCAAUACAUAGCCUUUCACUUGAAGGUCAUUCUUGAUAUAACUAUUAAAUAAUGCCUCCUAUUUCAAGUGUGGUUUUAUCAUUCCAGGGUUUUGUAUUUUAACCUAUCAGUGCCCAAUACCAAACAUUUCUAAUUUGAAUUCUAGGAAUACUACAUAGACACUCAGCUAACUCUCAUAAAUGGGUUCCAAUUAAAAAUGAAGUUGAGCUUCAAAGCUAAACUGUAGUUAGUAUAAUGAGCUACGUACAGAGGAGCACUGAGGAUCUCCGUGUCAGUGAUCAGACACAACUGAAGCAAGUUCUCAGCCCUGUCAACAUGUUGUUUUGUUUAGUCAUGUAUUUGGUUUUGCACAACGUAUAGCACUGUGGUUGUUUGUAAGAUACACUUGUUAAUAGCUUGGCUGUCGAUAGCAGUAUGAUUAUAAAUGACAAAACAUACACAGGCAACCUUUUCAAACCGGACGGAAAUCUACUCAGAAUUGUGAGUGACCAUCAUAAUCCAAGUUUCAGAACAGAAAGGCAAGACCUCCCUCUGUUUAUAUACACAGACUCUAUCCAGAAUGUGCCUGCUGAGUUUUGCUUGACUCAUUUGUUUUUAGUACUUUUCAUAAGCACAGAGAAAAACUAUUAGAAAAGUAAUACAGGUCAUAGCAGGAUUAAAAAACCAAGAAAAUAUUUUCUCAGAAAACUUGGGUUAUAAUAAAAUGCAAACCCAAGUUUGCAUUUUUAUGUUUGGCUGAAAUUCAAGGUACACAUGAAUAAAGGCUGAAGAUUUAAAUGUAAGUCAUAGUGGUACUGUGGUCAGAGUGAAAAGGUGGAGGGUGCUGUAAAGAAUGGAUCACUAGAGACGGUGUUUAGUGUGUGUACUACCUUACAUUUCCUACACUGCUGAGGGUUAGCAGAUAAAAGUGCUACUUAGCAAUCGAUUUGACCUUGACAAGAAAAGGGCAAGCUUUUAUAAAAAGCAUGUUUGGGAAUUUGUAUCAAUGGCAGAUAUUUUAAUGGGCUACAAUUUAUAAAUUACUGAUAUAUUCUGGAUACCUCUAAUACGAUUUUGCUACUCUGGAGAUAAAAAGUAAAUUCCUGAGAUGUGUUGACAAGGACCAACAAGUGGAUUACCUGCAUUGUAAUCCACAGGCACUGAGGGGGGCUCUGCCCUCAGACACACCUCUCUAGGGCAGAUGGCCAAAGGCCCAGCAAAGGUUUGCAUCUCAGGGCUACACAGACAAAAGACCUUGAGAGUAAAGGGCACUUUGGAGGCUGCCUUGAGGAGCUGCGGUUGUGAACAGUCUGGGAACUCUAAACAAAACCUUGGCUCCUGACACUUUUUCUCUGGGCCCUACUUUAAAUAGCUGUUGGUCUGAAUAUAUAACCAUUUUCUUCUGGACUAGAGGCCAGUUUUGAACUCUGAUGUUGUCAGAUUUGUGGGUUUAGUGAUUCUAUCCCUAUAGAUUAUUGUGUACCUCAUAGAACGACCAGAAAAAUAGCAUCCAUGGUUUCCAAGAGUGAGAAACGUGUUGUGUGCACUUGUGUGGGCAAGCCUGCCCGAAAGGUCGGUGAGUCUGUGGGCCCUUCCUGCACUACACAGUGCGGAUAAUACCUCAUUUUCAUGAACAGUGAGCUCAUGGCAACAUUAGAAAAAUGACUUAUGUCCUUAGAUUAGAUUGUACGCCCAUUGGGCAGACACUGUGUCUAUUGUUUUGUGUGGCACCUAUCACAUUGUUAGAGUUCAAUAAACGUUCAACAACAA